AUGCUGCCACAUAUUAAGGCUGGCCCAUUUGGGAUUGGCGCAUGCGCUGCCUCUGCAUUGUCAGCCAGCCAGCCAGAGCUUGGUUUCAGCACCAGAGAACUGCGGACAGCGCCUUUCCCCUUUGCAAAAGCGAGGGCCAUGGCCGAUGACGGGGCUGGGGCUGGGAAUGCCCAGUCUUUGGAGGAAGGAGCGACGGAGGAGGCCAGCGAUAGAGGAAAGGCCAGGCGGCCGGAGAAGGAAGAAGGCUGCUCCUCCAGAGAAAAAAUCAACCCAGAACUUUGUCAGAGCUGUCUUAAUGUGCCAGAGGUCAGGAAGACUGAGCCAAGCCCUGGUGGCAUUUUCUGGGAAAGGAGAUGCCCAGUACAUCACUGCCUGAUCAAUGCUUCCCCCAAUGCUGCAAGGAGGACCCAACAAUCUUCUUCCAGUCAUAUGCAUGCCCCGAUCUCCACUCGAUCCAAUGGGCAGCUGCCUUGUGGCUCCCAGGACUCAUUACAACCUCACUUCUAUUACCACUGCAACAAGCAAGAAGCGAGAAGCAGCUAUGCCUUGCCUCCUCUGCCUGGGCAUGGAGAAAGAACCACAUUGUGCUCCCAUCGUUCCAGUGGGGAUUCAUCAUCCACCUCACGGCAUGAUGAGACUGCUGAAGGUCGAUGGAAAGAGUGGUCCCGUGAUCAGCAGCCCUUACGGCCAAUGCAGCACCACGUUGUAACUGUCAGACAUGACAAAGCGUUCAGGAUGCCAAAGAGCUUGUCCCAAGUUAUUGCAGAGUGGCCAGUUGCUGUCUUAGUGCUCUGCUCAGUGACAGUCUUGGUCUGUACUUUGGUGGGCCUGCUAGUGGGAAAUUUACCAGAUUUUUCUGAGCCCUUAAUGGGAUUUGAACCACGAGACACAGAUAUUGGCAGAAAACUCAUGGUCUGGAAGAAUAUGAAAAGCCAGACAGGUUAUAAAAAGGCACUUUCUCUUUCUCCCUCUACUGAAAGCAGCUAUGGGGACAUGGGCAUGAACAGGGGGCAGAGAUCAAUACACAACGAAGCAAGAAUCAAGAGGAUGGUAGAGCCAAACUAUGAAAAGGAUGGUUUCUUUUGUGGCCCCCCAGGGAAGAAUUAUUCUCAACUGGUAUUUAUGUCCACAACUGCUGGGAGCUUAUGGAACUUGCAAGCAGAUACGUCCAUGUGUCAAAUGGAACAAGACAAGAUUCGGUCUCAUCCACAGUUUGGGAGUCUUUGCCAGCGUACUGAAGCCAACGAAUGCUGUCCAAGUUGGUCUCUUGGGAACUACAUUGCUGUCAUGUACAACCGGUCCUCUUGUUUAGAGAUCACACAGGCAGAUGUUUCCCACACCCUCUCCCUUCUGCGUUCUUGUGCCCCUGACUAUCACAGAGGUGUCCUUGUCCCUCCUUGUAUUGGCCCCAAAGCUGAAAGAGACAAACACGCACAGUGUUCCAAAGUCCCGGAGAAAUGCACUCGGUUUCAUGCCAUUUACCAGCUCCUUCAUUUUGUAGUCGACAGAGAUUUUCUCAGCCCACAGACAGUGGGAUACCAAGUGCCAACCCUGAAAUACAGUUUGCUGUUUUUGCCUACAGUGAAGGGAGCAUCCAUGAUGGACAUCUACCUGAACAACCUUGAAUCAUGGGAGUUGUUUGAUAAUUACACAUCUAUUACUGGUAUGGACCUGGGCCUUAAGCAGAAACUAUUCCAGCACUACCUUUUACUGGAUACUGUGUAUCCAGCCAUGGCAAUACUGGCCAUAUUUCUAAGCAUAUUUUUUUAUUCACGCUCAGUCUUUAUUACUUGUAUCAUCUUGAUGAUCGUCUUUGGUACCUUGAUGAUUUCCUAUUUCUUGUACAAGGUGGCCUUCCGAUUCCCUUACUUCCCUUUUAUAAAUCUAGCAGCAGUCAUCAUUCUCAGCAGUCUCUGUGCCAAUCAUACCUGUGUUUUCUUUGACCUCUGGAACCUUAGCAAGAGUCAGAACCCAUCUGCAGGACUUCUGCAAUGGGUUAGACUAACCAUGCAUCACUUUGGUUAUCUCAUGCUGGCAUCCUGCCUGACCACUGGUGCUGCUUUCUACACCAGUUAUACAAGUUACAUAACUGCCACCCGCUGCUUCGCCAUCUACAUGGGCACUUCUGUCCUGGUGAACUUGGUAUUCAUGUUAACAUGGCUGCCUUCCUCUGUUGUGCUGUAUGAGCGUUACCUGGCAAGAAACUGUAUUUAUAAACCAGAAGAUUACUGGAAUAACUCUGGGCACAAGAAUGUCAUUCUGUCUUUCCAUCAAAUCCUCAGGAGUAUCCAGAACACCUGGAGUGAAACCUUCAAGUUAUUAUUUGAGAAAAUUCUUCCUUGUGGAGUGAUCAAGUUUCGUUACAUCUGGAUCUGCUGGUUUGCUGCCAUGGCUAUGGGAGGGGCCUACAUUUCGUGUCUGAACCCUAGAUUAAAACUCCCUACUCUAGAGCUGUCAUCUGUGCAGGUUUUCAGGCUUAGCCACCCAUUUGAGAGGUACGAUGCUGAAUACUGUAACGAGUUCAUGUUUGAAAGGCUGGAACAAGGAGAAGACCUGCCCAUGCCUGUCAUCAUUGUAUGGGGUGUCCUCCCCGUCGACAAUGGAGAUCACUUUAACCCCCAGAGCAAUGGCACUCUGGUGAUGGAUACAGCAUUUACAGUGGAAAACCCUGAAGCACAAAGGUGGCUUUUGGACUUUUGCCAAAAAGUAAAGAAUCAGACCUUUUUCUCCUCUGACCUAGAACAAAAACCCACCAUUUGUUUCAUGGAGGAAUUUCAACGGUGGAUGGACAGCCGUCAGUGCUCCAAGCGAGAUCACAGCUUCAGCCUCUGCUGCAAUCACUUUUCCUUCCCAUAUGGCAGAGAAGUCUUCCUUCACUGCAUCAAGAUGAUGGUCAUGGAACAAAACCGAGAUAAGACUGAAGCUCAUGACUUGGGCCUCCGAUUCAAUGAAAAGGGCAACCUUGUUGCUCUAGUGCUACAGUUUCAAACCAUUCACCAUUACAGCUUCAACUAUAGCAAAGCCAAACAUUUCUAUGAUGAAAUUGGCCACUGGAUAAAAGAAGAGAUGAAGGCAGCCCCUAUGGGGCUUCAGAAUGGCUGGUUCACCAGUAAACUGGAGCUCUAUAAUCUCCAGCACAGUGUGGACACAGAGAGUAUGGUAGUAUUGGGCUUAUCCAUAGUUAUCUGUUUUGUGGUUCUAUUGCUCACGACUUGGAAUGUCCUUCUCAGUGUGUUCUCUGUUGCAACUAUUUCUGGCACUGUUCUGGUAACUGUUGGGCUUCUGGUUCUUCUGGAAUGGCAGCUCAAUGCUGUGGAGUCUCUCUUCAUUUCAGCAGCUGUGGGCCUCUCUGUUGACUUCACAGUGAACUACUGUAUUUCCUAUCACUUGUGUCCACACUCUGAUCGCCUGAGCCGUGUAGCGUUCUCACUGAAGCAGAUGAGCUGUGCUACCGUCAUGGGGACCUCUGCUUUGUUUUCUGCAGGUAUCAUUAUGUUGCCUGCUACUGUGCUGGCGUACAGGAAGCUAGGCAUCUUCAUGAUGAUGCUCAAGUGUAUCAGUUGUGGCUUUGCAACCUUCUUCUUCCAGUCUCUCUGCUGCUUCUUUGGCCCAGAGAAGAAUUGUGGACAGAUUCGUUGGCCUUGCACUCAUGCUCUGAAGGACUACUCAGACGGACCCAGUUCAUCCAACAGAACUUUUACCUGUGGAAGAAAUGAGAAACAGACCAGAAUACAAAAAAGCCAGGAAUCCAGCAGUGCAAAUGAGCAGUAUGAGCUCCAGCCUUUAGCCAGGAAACUUAGCGACAGCUUUGACAACAGCACCUCCACUAGCAAGCUGUCCAACCGUCCCUCUGUCUUAUCUGAAGAUAUUCAGCUCCAAGACAGCAGAUGCCCCAGAAUGGAAAUCCACACUUCCUUUGAAAGGAACAGACAAAGCCUUGAACAAACGGGGGAACAUCAUAUAGCUCUUUGUCAGUGUCCAGUCUUUCAAACAUCUUCUCCUUAUAAACAUGGAAAAAUCUCAGGAAUGGAAGCUGAAAGCCAUCAAGAUGGGCUUUGCAGAGACUGUAGAUGUCAAAAAUAUGCCCCCCAAACAUGGGAACAUCUCCAGUCAGCCACCACAAUAGAUGGUGACAGACUGUUCAAUAAAUCACACUGUUCAAGCAACACUGAUCAACAAAAAUCUGAUUAUACCUCAGAAAACAGUAAUCUACCGGAAACUGAACUGUAUGAUCUCCACAGAUGCCUUUAUUCGACUGGCAGCUCUUUCAGUGUGCAAAAUGUCUCCAGUGAGACCUCCCUCAGUGACUUUGAACCAAGCGCAAAACUUGUGGAAUCAGCCAGUUCUUGCCCAGGUCAUUUAAAUGUAGCCGAUUCUUGUUGUUCAACUCAGAGAGGUCAUUUGAAUGGAAAGAGAGACACACUGAAGCUGGACCUGAGGGAAACAGUCUUUGAUAUGUCUGCAUCAGCAUCACAGCAAAACAAUGGUUUGAGGAGAACUCGGUUAGGAGGACUAGGGAUUGAGGAGGAACCUGUUGUUUUACCAAACAGCAAGCCAGAUAUGCCCGAUGUUUGGAUCAAGCGGUCCAGUGUGCAAAAUUCUGGUUACUAAAGAGAAAAACUCAGAGGGAACAAUUUUUCCUACUACUUUAGGGCAAGGAAAAUAAAUGUCCAUUUUGAAUAGCAUGUAUGUAGCUGUGCUCUGACAUGAGAACAAAGUGUGACAUGAGAACAAAGUGUGCUGUUACAGUACAGUGAAAGUGACACAUUUUUACAAAGCCAGCAAAGCUGAUGUGGAUUAGAAGCAAAUGUUAAUGCCACGUCAGCUGUUCAACUGCCUACUCAGUAGUCAGUGCCAUAUUCUCAAUUAUACUGUAGGAUUAUCAAGCAAGAGUUGUGUGUCAUUCUCUCUAGAGCAAUUUGUUAUGGCGUGUCAGUCCUGUGGGGAAUCAAUGGAGAGGCAUGAUGAUUAGAGGAAUAAACAACUCAAUAAAUAUUGAGAGACAGAGAGAAACCUUAUACUAAAAAGUAUUUGGUGUGAUGAGUCACUGUCAUCUUGCAGCUGACUGACUGACUGAAUAUUGUUGACUCAAAAGAAAAUGUGUUUUUAGUUUAAAAAUCUCUUUUUACCGCCAUUCAUACAAAUCUCCUUACAAAACAAAUAUUCACAUAGAGAAAAACAUGUCUCUUGGGCAUUUUCAGAGAAGAUUUAUCAGUAGCUCUUUUAAAAAAAUAUUGCUGUACUUGCCACUCUUUUCUACAUAUAUUUUAGCAAUUUACUCUAAACUGAAAGUUUAGAUGGAUUCCUUCCUCCCCUCCCCUCCUCCAUGACGAUGUGUUCACCAUAAUUCUUUUCUUGUAGUUUUUCAUUCUUUCAUUCUGGGUAAUUUGUGUUUUACUGUGGAGUCUAGUCUUCAUGUUAGGUGUUCUGCUCAAAGCUGUACAUAGAAUUUUUUUUAGGUUUGCCUAUCUAUGGAAGCCUGACAUUUUCUUUCUCUGCUGGCCCAAGGCCAUGGCACAGCCCUUAAGCCUUUCAACCACCACAAUUUGUUUUUUCAUCUGUCUGAUUAAAUGGUAAC